AUGGAGUCCGUCACAGAAGUGUCCGCCGCCCCCUGGACCAACUGCUACCUCUUCCUGAGAACGUCGACCGAGGUCGCCCUGGCCGUGGCCUGGACCUGGGGAAAGCUGGCCGGGACCAAGGCGGUGGAGUACUAUGUCAUCCUUGCACAGUCCCUGGUGCUGUGGCUGGACGACAACGUCGGAUUCAACACCCUCGCGUUGCUUGGCCCGAUCGUCGUCACAGUCCUGGCUAUGAACAUGGUCUGGGCGGUCAAGCAAUUGAGGAAGUCGGGCAGACGACCGAAGAGAGGCAUGACCCGUGACCAGGCCGUCAUGAGCGGAUUUCAGAAGCGACAGGGCUAG